UUCAUGAAAGGUCUGGACAAAACGAUGAGUGUAACUGGUCUAUUUCAAAAUAGACCGUCGGUCACAUGACAAUUACAAAGUAUUGACUAUAUACCGUACCGUACAGGUAAUAACUAUUCUCAGUUGUAGAUUUACCUGCGGUGUAGUCGAGAGUGAAUUAAACUUCAUUAAUUUAAUAUAAACCUAACAGGAGGAUUUUCAGACUCUUUUUUUAGUGACAUCUUAUUAAACCUGCAAUAAUGACUUUGGGAUGUGGUGCGUCCGUUGCCAAAGUUAUACUGGUUAUAGUUAACACUAUUUUCUUGAUCCUUGGUUUGGGAAUAGGAAUCGCUGGUUUAGUGUUCCGAUUUGGAACAGACCUGUUAGGAGAUAAGUUGAAAGAGGCUAUGCAGAGUCUGAAGAUUGAAACAGCCGGGGGCGUAAAUGUUUAUGAAGUCGCCGGUUCUCUUUCGUUGUUGCUCAUUAUUGUAGGGUUUUUCAUCUUUCUCGUUGGUGGCCUCGGAUGCUGUGGAGCUUGCUGUCAGAACAGAGUUCUCUUAGUUGUGUAUGCCAUCAUUGUUGCGAUAUUGCUGAUUGUUCAGAUCGUUGGUGUAGCACUAUUUGCUGGAUUUAGGUCUAAGUUUGAUGAUUCAGUCAAAGAUGGAUUUAAGGAAAUAUUGAAAAGCAAGUACAACACGACUGGAAAUGACGAUUUAACCAAUUCUUAUAAUGCACUUUUCGAUGUUUAUAAAUGUUGCGGUGUAGAUAAUUCUACGGAUAUGCCAAAGAAUGACUUACCCAAAGAGUGCUGUGAAACUACUAACCCAUGUGACAAGACAUCUUCUGAUCUUCGACCGGGUUGUUAUACAAAGCUGAAAGAUCAAAUAGAACAAUACAACAGCGUAUUUAUCGGUGUUGGAGUAUCUGUGUUGGUUUUCCAAUUGUUAUGUGUGCUAUUUUCCUUCUGUUUAUGCGUGGCGAUUGGAAGAGAAGAAUAGAACUGGUAAAAUUUCAAGAACAAACAAUCAAAUCUAUAGACGACAUAUAUAUGUUAAAUGUGAAGGGUAAAAGGAAUCGAUCGAUCAGAAUGGGGAUAUAAAGAGAAGAACAUUUGUUCAGCUUUACGAUUUUUUCGAACUGUUUUAUUGAAUAUAUUCACAUUUUGAAUAUCUCAUUAAAGCGUGCCAUAGAUUUCUUACUCUACCCAAAAUUGUUCAUUGCUUUCAAAUUUAAAAAAAGUAAUUCUCACAUGUUUUUUUUCAAAAACAAUUGUUUUCAGAAUCCAUUUGUUUGGUCUAAAAUGAAUGAGGAGUGUUACUGAAUUUAAUAGGUUUUUUGUAUAAAAUUUUGUUGAUUGUUGGUGAGUAAUGAUAACCAAAUUGUCAGCAAGCUUAUAUCAGUACCCUCCUCAUGAUUGGACUAAAUUUGUUUUGGUCCCUCAGGUGGAUUAAUAAAAGAAAUAAAGUGUUAUAUUUUGUAUCAUAUAUAUAUAUGUUAUUUUUUACGUUGUAUCAUUUUAUUUUAUAUAUUACCAUACCAAUUGAUUACGUUAAAAUAGCUUCAUUUUAUUAUUUCUAUCCGGAUACAUGUGUUCAUAUUAUAAGCAACAAGGCUUUAGACAUGACCUAUAUGGAAACAUAUAAUUGAAUAAUUAAAGGUCAUAACUUGUCAUUUGUACUUUAUGGUGUGUUUUCAUAAAUUAUUUAGAAACAUCAUAUUAGAAUUUUAAAUAAUGAUAAAUUAUUUUUCUCGAUGACAAACAUUUAUCCAGGCAGUAUCAUUUUGAAAAUGUAUUGGGAUUCUUACAAAUGAUAAAGAACAUUUUAAAUUUGUUUUCUUCCUUCAAUCAAAAAAUGGAAAAAAAUAAUUCCCGGCAUCCUAUUCACAAUGAACAAAUUUUCUGAGGCUACUUGUACAUAUCAAAAUUCAUAUCAGAAAAAGAAGAUCUGACAGACACUAUUGUCAUUUGUAAUUAACUCAUUAUUAAUCAUUUAUUUAUAUUCUGAUGGUUUUGCAAUUUUUAAAGUCAUUUGAAAGAGAGAAAAAGUGAUGCCAGAUCACACUCUUAUAUGCAGUGCAAAACAAAUGACUUUUUAGUGCCCGGGUUUUAAAUUUGCUGAGUCCCAAAGCUGUUUUUUUAUCUUUGAUAUGAAACAGUCUUAUUUUUCUUUUCUUUUUAAAACACUACACCAAAGAGACUUUUAAAUCAUUUGAUAAAUGUCAUUUGUUUAUUCACUCAUUAUUUUUAUCAAGACCGAUUUUACUUGUUGACUUUUAUCUUUGUCAAAUUAUUACUUUAAAAUAAAAAUACUUGUAUAGGAA